UCUUGCGAGGCACAAAUUUAUUCCUGAAACACUGCCGAGUGCUCGAAAGGUUGGACAGUAAGUAUAUGUAGAUCCCAUGUACUGGGGUGCUUGUACACACAGGAAUGAAAAUGUGCCUGAGUUAUCGGAAUGGAACUGACGCUGUCUGCCGGACGCAAAAUAAGCGUCAUUGUCAAGCGUCAGGAUUAUACAGGCCCAACCGAGCUUCUUAUAUGUUUCGCGAACCAUUCGAAAAUGACCAGUUGAUGAAAGAAAGCGACAGGGAUAAUUUCUACCUGAACAUGAUGAGUUCAAAUACAAGUGAUUAGUGGACAAUGACCCAACGGUUUGUGAUGUUAUGACUUGACAUAUUGGACGCCUUUUUGUAGUACUUGAACAGAAUAGUUCGUUUCAUUUUACAAUAUCGCCGACAUCCCAUUCAGUUCGACUUGGCAUCUGGCGUUGAGUCAAAAUGAGCCAGAACAGUUACAGGCGGCUCUCCAGGCCACUUCUAGUGAUUGGGUGUGUUUAUGUGACUCUGAUACAACUUCCUAACUGUGUUCAGGCUGGACGAACAUUUGAUCAAGAAAAGCUUGGUCGUGGUGAGGUGGGGAGUUUGGAAGAAAAUAAUUAUGAAUUUGGGGCUUGGAGCCCGGUCGGUAAAGAUAACACAUUUGAGAAGGCCUUGGAAUUAAAGGCUAAUCAAGUCGAGUCGAAAGCGGAAGAAGUUCCUUCAAAGACUAAAGCCAAGUCUUUUGGACCCAUCAAGUUGUCCGAAGCCGAGACACAAAGGAUCACAUAUGUGGGGCAAACUCCCCAGGCGGUGUCCAGAAAACUGGACGAUGUCUCGCACAUUGACUAUUACCCUUUUGAUGACAAACCAUCCGACACUCGGAUUAGGCGUGAUCCCGAGCAAUCUGCUCCUAACGCCUCUAAAAUACGGAAAUUUUCCGCUAGACAGAGUGACCAAAAAAAUCUGGACGAGGGGCAGUUGUUGGAGCAAGAAAUCCUCGAGAAACAUGGGGUCAAAUUCUCGCAACCAAGUUCAGAGUCGACUGACAUUCCGGAUGUGGUUUACGCUCGGAGAAGGCCCAAGAUUAAGCGACGACCGCGGUAUCGGCCUGGCUCUUCUGCCGCAUCAUCAUAGAAUAUGCAAAAGUUUUGACUUCAAUUAUUAGUAUGAAACAUCACCUAUUUGAUAACAAUGAAAACCAAAGAUCCCGUUGAGAAUCCCAAGUUCAAAUUGGUUGGAUUCUUAUGAUUCCAACAUCUUCGUCUCAAUGCGUGGGAACCACAUAUCAAAAUCAAGUACUUGUUAGCCAUCUCAUGUCUUGAAGUUGUAUAUCUUGUGUCACAAGGUUGAAUUAUAGCACCAUUUCAGUUGAA